GGGAGAAGACAGGGUGACUGGGGAGGGGAAGAUCUUUGCAGUCUUUCUGGAUGGACAAAGAACAGACAGAUGGAACUCCUGAGGCUUCAUUUCCCUGGGGUGCACCAUGCCCUGAGGGAGGCUCUGGUCUCCCUAAGCAACUUUGCUUCCUACCUCUUAGGAGACACAGUUCCCUCUGCAGAGGAGAGAGGGGGAAAGUUCAGCAGGAGAGAUGAGGGGAGGGUGGAGGAGCUUGGGGAAAGAACUGCAGAAGGGAGCCAGCAAGCUGAGGAAUCUGAGGAAGCACUGGCAGGAAAGGAAGUGACCAUCGGCAGAGAUCUGGAAGAUACUUUUUUCCUUGGAGGGUCAGAAUGUAAAGAAGCUUGGGGAAAAGGGAAAGAAAAGAAGUCUGGGGAAAUUCAGAAAUCAGAGACUGAGGGAAUCUGGGAGACAGAAAAAGAGGUUGGGGUAGGCCUGAAUGAAGAAAUAACCAGGGUCUUUAGAACUUGGGACAGCAGCAAUAAGGAUUUCAAGGAAAUCAAGGAGGCUAAAGGAGAGAUCAGAGGGAAGUACAAGAUAGAGGGCCAAGGAACUUGGUAUAUGAUGGGGACAGAGCCCAAGCAAGGUCAAAAUGCAGAUACAUUAGAGGCUAGAAAAUGCCAAAAGGAAAGGAUCUUGGAUGAAGGAUACUUGGAGUCAGAAGAACUUGCCUCAGAAGAAAAGGGUGUCAAAGAGCUAAAAGCACAGGGUGAGAAAAACCAAGAGUCCAAAGAGAAGGAAGUUCAUUUAAGGAAGGCUGAGAACCACUGGAGAAGGGAGGAAACUGAGCCUGUGAGAGAACAGAAGGAAGAAGUCAAAGAGUCUAAGCCAGGAGAUCCUGAAGGAAGGACUUUAGUAACCUCAGGGGUGGAAUCUGAGAAUGGGAUAAUCUGGGAGGACAAACAGGACAGAGAAGCACAGGUGACGGGAGGAAAUGUUAGAGAUUGGGAAGAAGCAAAAGAAGGUAAGAAAGCACAGAGGGUAAAAGGAGAGCCAGGAAAUGACCAGAGGAUAGAAAUGGAAACCAGGAAAAAUCAUGAGAUGAAGAAGGUACCUGAUGGAGCUUUGGGGAAAGAAUUUGGGGAAAGUAGGAAAGUAGAAGCUCCUGAAAAACUGGAGUUAGAGAAGCAUGAGGUCAAGGAAAUUUGGGAGCCAGAGAAGAAUGGGAUCAGAUGUGCAAAAAAGGAAAUGGAAAAGGAAGUGGCUUGGGAAGUCCAAUAUACAAAGCCUGAGAAUAUAGAUUUAGAAAAGCUACAAGGAGUCCAGGAGCCAGGAGAAAAAAGUGAGAGAGAAAAUGCUGUAAAAUCUGAGGUCUCAAUAACUUCAGUCAUGGAGAAAGCUGAGGUCAGGGAAGCUAUAAAAUCAAAGAUAGAAGAAAUAACUCCAAAAAAAGGAGCUGAGCAAGCCUGGAAGGCAGAGGAUCUGGAGAUCAGUAGAGAAUGGGACUUGGAGGUUAUUCAAAAGGACUGGGACACAGAAGAGGCAGUUGGGGGAGAUUUGGAGAGGAAGAAAGAUGAAGAGAGAGCGACUGAGGAAAAUACAUUCUCAGAGGAAGUCUGGACCCAAAGGAAGGAAAGAGAGGAAGAAAUGGCAGACUUCUGGGUCCUGGAAAAAAGGGAGAUUGUGAAAGUUCUGAAUUCAGGGAUGGAAAUUGAAAGAAGUUGGGGCUUGGAAGGAGAGGCUAGGGAAAUCUAUGAGAGUCAGUCAGGGCAAACUAGAGGCCAGGGCAUUCAGGAGGCUAAGGUCUGGAAGGGAAUACUUGAUAUUGUUAGUGAGAGGAAGGAGAUAGAGUCAGUGGAAGCUAAGGAAGUCAUGAGAAGCUUGGAGAUAGAACUUGGAAGGCCCCAUGAAAUUAAGGAGACAGAAAGAAUAGAUGACUCCAAUGAGAUCUCAGAAACAAGGUCAGAAAAGGCAGAGAGGGUCAACUUAAUGAGGGAGGCAGAGGUGGAAAAAAACCAAGAGUUGGAGAAAAGCUAUGAGAUAGAGAAGGUUAGGGAAGACCAGUGCCCUAAGGAGAUUGAAGGAGAUUGGAACAUGGAAGAAGAAACUGGGAAAGAGCUAAUGGAGGAAGAUGCUGAAGAAAGAGAAGAGCAACCAUUGGGAAUUUCAGAGAGAGAGACCUUGGAGGGCUGUGAGAUGGAUGCCCAUAAUGCCCAAAAUAUUAAGAACACAGAGAAUGGAAAUGUCCAAGAGGUGAAAAAACAGGACUUAGCCUUAGUCAAAGCCAGGGAGAUAAUGGAAACAGAAGUUGAAAGUGGCCAGGUAAGAGAAAUAGAAAGCAAAGGAGGAUGGAAGGAUGAGAAAGUUUUCAUACCUCAGACUAGAGAAGAUAAGGGAGCUUGGGAAACUAAAGGAAGCCAAGAAUUCAAAUACCAAGAAGCCCCAAAGGCAGAGGCUAAAACAGACUGGAGGGCCAAGCAACCUGAGAAAAUAGAACCAGAGAAGGAAGAGAAAGAAGUCAGGGGAGUUUGGGAGAAGGAGCUUGAGGGAGGAGGCCAAGAGGCACACAUUGAAAGAGGCCAUAAAAUGGAAGAGUCAGGAGCCAGAAAACUCCAGGAAAGGGAAAAGACAGAAGCUAAAGAAUACUGGGAGGCAGAAGGAGAGAUCAUAAGAAGCCAGGAGACAAAAAAGGUUGAGGGAAGUCAGGAGAGGGAGGAUAAAAGCAGCAGAUCACUGGAUAGAGAGGCAGAGGGAGAGGUCAUAAGAAGCCAGGAUAUGAAAGAGAUUGAGGGAAGUCAAGAGAGGGAGGAUAAAAGCAGCAGAGCCCUGGGUAGAGAGGCUGAAGUAGGCUGGGAGGGAAAUGCUGAAAGCCCAUGGAAUUCUGAGAUAGUAAGUGAGAAAGCAGGCUUGAUUUUAAAGAAGGUUGAAACUGGAAGAAGCCAGGAGAUAGAACAGAAGGUAAAGAGAGACUGGAAGGAAAUCAAAAGAGAUUGGAACUCAGAAGAGAAAAUUUGUCAGCAAAGAAUAGAGGCUAGAGAAAGUCCAAAUUUAAAUUUAUUAGAAGUUGGAGUCAAGGAAGUACUAGAGGAAGAAAAUAAAGGCUUCUGGAAGGUUAAAGGAACCAAAGAAUGCCAAGCAACAGAGGGAAUGACUGAGAGAGAUCUAGUUGAAGAAUCAGAGGUUAGGAGAACCUGGGAGAGGGAGGAGGAAGGGUCUGAGGGAGACCAAGAAACAGAUUCAGUAGAUACUGAGGAAUCCUGCAUAAUUGAGAAAGAGAAGUCAGGGAGCAACUGUGAAAAAGAGAAAUUUGCCUUCUGUCAUGGAGCAGAGAUACAGAGGACAGUGACCAACAAGGAAUUGGAGUUUGUGAAGGAAGAAAAGUUGAAAGAGGGGCAAAUUAAGUCAGAAGAAAAACCUGGGGAGGGCAAGGAAAACAGGGAAACAGAGAAAGAGGUUGGUGGAGGCCAGGAUGUGGACUGUGAAAGUACCUGGCCCCUGGAGGAAGAGAGGCAAUAUGAGGAAGAAACUGAGACGGAAGCCAAAGCUGGGGGAAGUCAUGCUGAAGGGAGUAGAAAUUCCAUGGACAAUCAAUCUAUGGAGAAAGCAGAGGCUAAUGGAGGCAGGGGGCUAGAGGCAGAGAAUAUGGAAGACAGUGGGAACAGAGAAGAGGUAGGAAGCCAGGAAGACAGAAACAGGGAGGAGCUGAAGCCUACUGAAUGCUCUGAUGCCAAGGAAGCAGCAGACUGGAGAGAUGGAGACAGGGAUUCAGAAGCUGCUGGAGUUUGGGAAUCCAGUGAGAAGACUGCAAGAGUCUGGGACUUAGAGAAAGCUAAGCCUAGUCAAGGCAAGGGAACAGAGGAAGCUGCAGAUACUGGAUCUGGAACUCUGGAAGCUUCAGAAAACAGGCAGACAGAAGCCCCAUCAACCACCAAUUCAAUAGCUCUAAUGUUGUCUCCUGUACCCAAUCCUGCCGCUGAUGCCCAAAACAUCUGGAGUGAGGCUCCCCUCCCUGGUUCAUACCUGAACCUCUCCAUUCCCAGAAGUCGAGUUCUCCUCUCCAGAAAUGCCUCCCAUCGACGAUCCCGCCCCUCUUUUCGUAGAGUGCCAGCCCCAAGGAAGGAUGACUGUGAUGAUAAUGAGGCUCUGGAGUCCUCAGCCUCAAAACUGAGACUAUUCCAAUCUGAGGAAACUAUAGUGCCAAGUCCCCUAAAGCCAGAGGGGACCCCAGUCCCAACAAGGAAACGGCCCCCAGGCCAUGGGUUUGGCCUCGCUCAUCCCAGCAUGAUGCAAGAGUUACAGGCUCGUCUGGGACGGCCCAAGCCCCAGUAACCAGAAGACCUAUGAAUCUAAUUACCCUCCCCUCUCCCACCAUUCUCUGCCUUUACUCUAAUCUCUGACCCCAACCUCACCUUCAAGCCUGGAAUGAUCUCCCUCCCUAUCUCAUAGGGACUUCUAAUCAUAUGUCUUGAUCCCCAAAAAGGGAUGCCCCAGCCUUUGGUAGCUUCUUCUAUCUCACCCAGAUGAUGUGGAAUUGAAAACAAAAAAAGAAGCUUAAAAGUAGAAUUAAGGAGACUUGCAU